ACGUCAGCACGGUAGGAAGUACGUUACUGCAGCCAGACAGGCCGUGAGGAUGCGGGGCUGUCAGUGUAGACGACAGUGUUCAUUAUGAUAAUAUCUAACAGUGACUUUCCAGUGACAUUAUGCACAUUUCGGUCGCCUGACACGUGAUGUAACUGGGAUGCUUGUAGCUAGCUAGCUGUUAGCUUAGUUAGCUGUCAUCCUCCCAGCUACAGUCAGAGCUCCAGCAGGCGGCCAGCGGCUCAGCUGAUCAGCUGCAGCACCACACACAACCCGGCGACAAGAUGAGGAGGCCUUAAUGUCAGGUCGUCGACGGUGUGUUCAGACGUCAAAUACAGAGAUGGCGUCCCAGCUCCAGGUGUUCUCCUCUCCCUCCGUGUCCUCCAGUGCCUACUCUCGCUCAAAGAGGUUCAAAGUAGAGAACCCUGCCUGGGAUGCGUCCAACCAGCCGGGAGACAGUUACUACCAGCAUAGCCCCACCCAAGCAGCUGCACCCUCCACUUCUGGCUCCAACUUCAACCCAGUGUACAACUCCAACCAGGUGCACCCACCGACUGCAGGCUCUCGGGAGCAGACAGUGGUGCGGGCAGCAGACAGCACAGGUAGCUUUCAUGGGCCUCGCUCCUCCUCUUCCUCCUCCUCUUCCUCCAGCCGUCGCGUUAAGGAUGCACAGUCCUCCUCGCAGCCAUGCAACCUCUACCACAAGCAGUACAGCUUGAAGCGCAAGAGCGAGGAGGUGGACAGCAGCGACAGCGUCCAGAUACUGGAGGAGCUCUCGGCCCCCGUGGUCUCAAACCGCACCGGUGGUGGAGGGGGAACCACCACAGCUCAGUCCAUAGCACAUUCCACUUCUACCACAAAGAGCAGCAACUCCCACAGUGAGGGCGACUACCAGCUGGUCCAGCAUGAGAUUCUGUGCUCAAUGUCCAACAGUUACGAGGUGCUUGAGUUCCUGGGACGCGGCACCUUUGGCCAGGUGGCAAAAUGCUGGAAGCGGGGCACAAAUGAGAUAGUGGCGAUUAAGAUCUUGAAGAACCAUCCUUCUUAUGCUCGGCAAGGUCAAAUAGAAGUGAGCAUCCUUAGCAGGCUGAGCACGGAGAACGCUAACGAGUUCAACUUUGUCCGCUCAUACGAGUGUUUUCAGCACAAGAACCACACGUGCCUUGUGUUUGAGAUGCUGGAGCAGAACCUUUACGACUUCUUGAAGCACAGCAAGUUCAGCCCUCUGCUGCUCAAGUGUAUUCGGCCUAUUCUGCAGCAGGUCGCCACAGCCUUGAUGAAGCUGAAAAGCCUGGGGCUGAUCCAUGCUGACCUGAAGCCUGAAAACAUUAUGUUGGUGGACCCUCUUAGACAGCCAUACAGAGUGAAAGUCAUUGAUUUUGGCUCUGCCAGCCAUGUGUCCAAAGCGGUUUGUUCCACCUACCUGCAGUCACGAUACUACAGAGCUCCAGAGAUAAUUCUGGGCCUCCCUUUCUGUGAAGCAAUCGACAUGUGGUCUUUGGGAUGUGUCAUUGCUGAGCUGUUUUUGGGAUGGCCCCUCUACCCUGGUGCCUCAGAGUAUGAUCAGAUUCGUUACAUUUCCCAGACCCAGGGCCUUCCAGCAGAGUACCUGCUGAGUGCAGGAACCAAGACCAGCCGCUUUUUCAACCGGGGUCCUGAUGCAAGCUACCCCCUGUGGAGACUGAAAACACCUGCAGAGCAUGAGGCAGAGAUGGGGAUCAAGUCGAAGGAAGCAAGAAAAUACAUCUUCAACUGUCUUGAUGAUAUGAUGCAGGUGAACAUGACCAGUCUGGAGGGGACGGAUAUCUUGGCAGAGAAGGCCGACAGACGGGAGUUCAUAGACCUGCUGAAGAAGAUGCUGACGCUAGACGCAGACAAACGGAUCACACCCAUGAAGACACUAAACCACCCCUUUGUUACCAUGACACACCUGCUGCACUUCCCUCACAGCUCACAUGUGAAGUCCUGCUUCCAAAAUAUGGAUAUAUGCAAACGCAGAUGCAGCGCCUUUGAGAAUGGGAAGAAUAUGUUUGCCAGCAACAAUACCCCGAGUGCAGCCACCAACCUCACUGUAACCUUCAGUAGCCAACUCAACCAGCACAAUCAGAUGGCCUCUACAGGAGGCCAGUCCCUGUCCCUCAGCAGUAACGUCCCUUUGCUGAACUACCAGCCUGGCCUCUACCAGCAGGCCACCAUUAACAUCCCUGGCCUGGCCCAGCAGAGUGUCCCCCUGCAGACCAGACCCACCCAGCUCUGUGCCCAGACUGAACCCUUCCAGCAGACGCUCAUAGUUUGCCCCCCCACCAUACAGGGUCUUCAAACCUCCAACAAGCCCUCUGCUUAUCCAGUGAGGAUGGACAACUCAGUACCCUUAGUUCCUCAGAACCAGUCGUCCCAGUCUCUUCACAUCCAGCCCGGCAUGCUGGCACAGGGUUCCUUGCUGGUAGGAAGCUUGUACGCCUCAGUGGCGGGAAUGUCCCCUUUAGGCUCAGUCCGGCUGCCAGCUGGCUGCAGGGCUGGAAACCUCUGCAGCUUUCUGGAUCAGAAUGCCUCCAUGCUGCAGGGCUGGUCAGCAGGCACACAGCAGAUCCUCAUACCAUCUACAUGGCAGCAGAUGCCAGGCAUGGCCAUCCAUAACCCUGGGCAGGCCGUGGUGCCUGACUCACCCAUGGGAGGCCCCAUCUCUGACAGUCACCAAGCGUCGGGCUGGAGGGGUCGUCGUGGCAGCCAGUAUGAUGGCGCCAGCCAGCAGGACUCUGGUGGUGGCUGUCACGCUGCCUCCCAGAGCCACAACUUGGGGGUCACUCAUUCAAGAUCCCAACAGGGCAAGAGGUCAAAGGCUCGACAUGCUGAGAGCAGAGCCAGGCCCGUGUCGUCAGUGCAUUCUGCCACCACUGUGGUCUGCAGCACUUCUGCUUUUGCUGGGGACCAGUCUCAGCCCAUCAUCAUCUCUGACACACCUAGUCCUGCCAUCAGCAUCAUCACCAUCCACAGUGACUCGGAGGAUGAAGAUGAUGCAAAGUUCCCUGCUGCCUGCUCUGGAACAAGCCAGAGGACCAACGUGAUCAGCUGUGUGACGGUACACGACUCCCAUGACUCCGACUCCUCUACCAGCAGCCCUUUGACCCCCAAGAAAGCAUCACAGUCCACCAAGGCACUGGCCAUCAUCAUGCCCUCUGUGAAGAGCCAGGCUGGAGAAAGCACAACCCACAAAACUCCAGCUGCUCCAGUAGAUCAAGCUACAAAUAAUUCUGGAAAGUCCAAGAAGGGGUCCACGGUGCAGGCCAGUCGGCCGGGAGAUUCCAACUCUAAUCGCCAUCAGCGGGCAGCAUCCAGCAGAUCUCAGCCUCUGAAUCUGAGUCAGGUGCAGCAGUCAGUGAUGUUGUCACCAUCCCAUGACCAAACAGGAAGCAGUAGCUCCCUGAGGCGGCAGCCUACAUAUCCUCCUUCCGUCUCCUCCCAGUCAUCAUUCCGGCUUCACGAGAACACUCUCUUUGGCUCCACCCCCAGCCUGUACGCCUACCCAGCAUCUGCUGCCUUGGCCUCUGUAUCCCAAGCUGUGGACCAAUUGCAAGGGGGCUCAUCCCGCCACGGCAGAGCAAGCGGGACCUACUCCUCCCUGGCGCUGCUCCAGAAGAGCAGCAGCUUAGCCCUGGGAGGGUCUGCUGCAGGACAGUACGGCAACCACCCCCAACAGCAGCAUCAUCAGCUGGGAGGGCAACCUUUCCACCGCUCCAGCGCUACCUACCAGCGAAAACUCAACCAGUACCCCUACCUGUAAAGACUGAGUGAGACAGAAGCUCUGCAUGAAGACCAAAUGGAGACCGAGACUAGAGAGGAGCACAAGCUCAUCACAGACGGCUGUGAGAACCAACUUUUUUCUUUCCUUUACUGUCCGGUUAUUGUUUUUAGAGAUUUCCCUCAUUAUUGUGGAUAUAUAAAUAAUGGUGACAUAUUUAUAUUUUAACCAUGGUCAGUUUCUUUUUUAAAUCGGUUUAUACUUUGGGGUUUGUGUUAGAUAACAGUAUGUGGCAAACGGUGCAGUCUGGAAGUGUUGGAUCUGUAUUCCAGCACGUUUACGUCUAUAUCAUAACUGUGAGAAUUAGAACAUAAAUUGUUGUAUUACUUAAAAGACUGCAAUAUUAAAUGAGUUCUUAAUGUGUAAAACCCCAAAUGUUGCGUAGAGGUGAACCUGGAGCUUGACUAACUGUUAUGCUGCUCUAUUACUACAUAAUUGUUUGCAUUUACAUGCAGAAUACAGUCGCCUUACUUGCUUAGGCUAAUUUCUUUUGUCAUUUUAAAUGUUGUCAGCAUGUUUUAAGUUAGAUUAAUGUUUUUUUAUGACUGUACUGUGUUUGUGUGUGUGUGUAUCUGUUCUACAAAAGCAAAUGGAGGACGUAAGCUAUGUACUGUACUACAGAAUGAUGUGUCACUGUGCUCUUCAAAAUGUUUUCUAUGUUAAUUCUGUUUAGUACUGGCCAUAGGCUUCAUUAUAUUUCUGUGAUAACAUGUUAACUGAUGCGGUCUAUGUCAGCGUAGGGUGUGGUGUUCAGAGGGGUAGUCGUGUUUUUGCAUGUUGAUGGUUUUGAAGUUAAGGCAGCAUGGAGUAGCGUUCAGGAGUGCUUAGGACACCGUCGUUGCUCACAGAAGGAUCAAUAAUGUCAUGUUUAAUUUGUGCAACAAACACGUUGAUGAUACUGGGAACAUGUAAAAGCUUGUCCUGUGUGGUCCAUUAAAUAAAGUGUGCAUAUAAAAUGUGACUAUCACACUUAAUCUUGCAAAAGUUGAAGCCAUUAAGAAGACUGUUGUAAACUCCACAGUAAUGCAUCUGAAUUGUGCAUAAUCAAAUAUGACAGAUGAUUUAUAAAUACGAGUUGAUGUUCGAUAUGUUGCUGCUUGUAAGCAGGUCAUCGGUUUGGUGAAGCGAUGGUUGUUUUUACACUCUGCUCCUGUAUGUUGUGAAGUGUUACAGCGAACACACCAGAAACCUUAACCCGAAUACGUGCAAUAAAACCUUUUCAAA